CUCCCGGCGGAAGUGACGUGUCGCGGCCGCCGUGAUGGCGGCGCCGAAGGUGAAGCAGGACAUGGCCCCGCCGGGCGGGUACGGACCCAUCGACUACAAGCGGCACCUGCCGCGCCGCGGCCUCUCAGGGUACAGCCUGUUCGCGCUCGGUGUCGGCAGCCUCCUGCUGGGGUACUACACCCUCAUCAAGUGGAACCGGGAGCGCAGGCGGCUGCUCAUCGAGGACCUGGAGGCUCGGAUCGCGCUGAUGCCGCUGCUGCAGGCGGAGUCGGACCGCAGGACCCUCCGCAUCCUGCGGCAGAACCUGGACGAGGAGGCCAAGAUCAUGAAGGAUGUUCCUGGCUGGAAGGUGGGUGAAUCCCUGUUCCACACCGACCGCUGGGUCCCCCCGACCCUGGAUGAGCUUUAUUACCUGCGCCCCUCCAGCGAGAUGGACAACGAGAAGUUUGGGCUGCAGUUCUACGUCUGAGGCACCGGGGGGACCCCCGGGGGACACCGGAGUGAUGCCAGAGUGGCACUGGCGCCGUGGGGGGGGGGCGGUGGGGGGGCGGUGGGAACUGUUCUAGAGUCUGUUAUUAAACCCCCCCCGCCCCGGA